AUGAUAGGUUCUGGAAUUUUCGUAUCGCCUUCCGGUCUAUUGAUUCGAACCGGUUCAGUGGGUAUGAGUUUUCUCAUAUGGGUCGCGUGUGGAUUCCUUUCACUCCUGGGAGCUUUGGCCUACGCCGAAUUGGGAACAAUGAACACGAGUUCGGGUGCCGAAUAUGCUUAUUUCAUGGAUGCGUUUGGUCCGAUGCCGGCAUUUUUAUUUUCUUGGGUUUCAACUUUGGUAUUAAAACCGUCACAAAUGGCGAUCAUUUGUUUGAGCUUUGCUAAAUACGCGGUUGAAGCUUUCGUGACGGAGUGCGAUCCACCGGAAAUUGCAGUUAAAGUUGUUUCCGUCAUGGCCAUCGUUAUAAUUCUAUUCAUAAAUUGCUACAGUGUAAAUUUAGCGACAGGGGUUCAAAACGUGUUUACCGCAGCUAAGCUGGUAGCCAUUUUGAUUGUUAUUUUAGGAGGAUUAUACAAAUUAAUUCAAGGAAACACUCAGCAUUUAGAAAAUGUCUUUCACGGAAGCACUUUUUCAUUUGGAAACAUUGCCACAGCCUUUUACACGGGUCUAUGGGCUUACGACGGAUGGAACAAUUUAAAUUACGUCACGGAAGAAAUAAAAAAUCCAUCAACAAAUUUACCAAGAUCGAUAAUAAUUGCCAUACCGUUGGUUACAAUGUGUUACGUUCUCAUCAACAUUUCAUAUUUGGCCGUAAUGUCGGCGGCGGAAAUGAUAGAAUCCGAAGCUGUGGCAGUGACUUUUGGAAAUAGAAUAUUGGGAGUAAUGGCCUGGCUCAUUCCAUUAUCCGUAACCGUAUCAACGUUCGGUUCAGCAAACGGAACGUUAUUUGCUGCUGGUCGGCUAUGUUUUGCUGCGAGUAGAGAAGGUCAUUUAAUGAACAUAUUGAGUUACGUACACGUAAGAAGAUUCACUCCGGCUCCGGGUUUGAUAUUCCACUCGAUAAUAGCGAUCGCCAUGGUUUUAUCAGGAACGAUUGAUUCCCUAAUUGAUUUCUUCAGUUUUACAGCGUGGAUAUUUUACGGGGGGGCCAUGUUAGCAUUGAUUGUAAUGAGAUUCACUAAACCGGAUCACCCUAGACCGUACAAGGUGCCAAUAAUCAUUCCCGUCGUGGUAUUGGUGAUAUCAUUGUACCUGAUAGUUGCGCCCAUCAUAGAUGUGCCACAAAUUGAAUAUUUGUACGCAGCUUUAUUCAUUGUCGGUGGUUUAAUUUUUUACAUACCGUUCGUACAUUACGGUGUUAGAUGUAAAAUAAUGGGUAAUCAUUUUCUUUCUCUAUGA